CCAUGGGAGAAGUUGAUCCAGCUUUCAUUCAAGACACUGAACACAGACCAAAACUUUCCAUCAUCGAAGCCGAAGGCAUACCAUUGAUAGAUCUCUCUCCAUUAAACUCCCCGGACUACAUUUGUGAUCCUAAAGCCAUUGAAGUGCUUGUUAGAGAAAUAAGCAAUGCAUGCAAGAACUGGGGCUUCUUCCAAGUGAUCAACCAUGGAGUGCCAUUGGAAAAGAGCAAAAAGAUUGAGACUGCGGCACGAAAGUUCUUUGCUCAGCCCCCGGAGGAGAAGAGGAAGAUUAGGAGGGAUGAAAAAUGUGUGGUAGGUUACUAUGACACCGAACAUACCAAGAACGUUAGAGACUGGAAGGAGGUGUUCGAUUUCCUUGUAAAGGAACCUACAUUAGUCCCCUCCUCGACUGAGCCUGAUGACAAGGAGGAGACACAGUGGUUUAAUCAAUGGCCAGAGAACCCUCCUGAGUUAAGGGAGGUGAUGGAAGAUUAUUCUCAAGAAGUAGAGAAGCUAUCUCUAAAGUUGAUGGGACUAAUUGCCUUAAGCUUAGGCUUGCCAGAAGACAGGUUCAAAGGCUACUUCAAAGACCAAACCAGUUUUGUUAGACUCAAUCACUAUCCACCUUGCCCUUCCCCUGAGUUAGCACUCGGUGUUGGUCGCCACAAGGAUGGUGGUGCCUUAACCGUGCUAGCUCAAGAUGAGGUCGGAGGAUUGGAGGUGAAGAGAAAAACAGAUGGAGAGUGGAUUCGUGUUAGACCUACACCAAAUGCCUAUAUCAUCAAUGUUGGGGACAUUAUUCAGGUAUGGAGCAACGAUAAAUAUGAGAGUGUGGAACAUAGGGUAAUGGUUAACUUAGAAAAGGAAAGGUUUUCUAUUCCCUUCUUUCUCAACCCAGCACACUAUACACAGGUGAAGCCUUUGGAGGAGCUCACCAAUAAACAGAACCCCGCCAAGUACAGACCCUAUAGCUGGGGCAAGUUUCUGACCCUCAGAAAGCUCAGUAAUUUCAAGAAACUCAAAGCUGAAAACAUCCAAAUCUAUCAUUUCAAGGUUUCAGAAGAAGCGAAUUAGCUGUUUAUUGAGACGAAAAUAAUGUUACUGAGCUUCCUGCACUGUGAUAACGAUGUCCGGAAUAUAUUAUCUAUGUACAAAAUAUUGUCUUUUUUGUAUACUAUAUAGUCAAAAUAAA